GCAUUAUCGGUAAUUUUGACCAAUAAAAUCGAGCCACUGGUGAUAGGCAAGCUCCGUGGUCAUCAAGUCUAACGAGGUCCCGGGGCAGUCUUCUGACUACUCGGAGCAAACAUCUUUUUCAAGGGGUUGAAAUCAGCCAUUCUGGUAUACACAGAAACCGAUUUUUAUUUUGUGUCAGUGGAGUGAAAAUUCGGUGAUGAGAGUACUGUAUUUUGGACCGCUCCGCGAUGCGAUCGGCACCGAGAGCGAAAUUAUCGUGAUGGACGCACCUUUCCGGAUGCACGACUUGAUACUUCGAUUAGUGAAGCUGCAUCCAGAUGCAGCUCCCGUCAUCAAGACUUCCGCUGUCUCUGUCAACCUAGAUUACGUCGAUAACUUUGAACUCGAGCUGAGCGAGAGCGAUGAGGUAGCUUUUAUUCCACCGGUUUCUGCCGGUUAGUAUUUCAGUUUUUAGUUUUGUUAACUUAGCUACAUCCGAUGAAUCCUACACCAGAGUUGUUUUCAAUUCGCGCAAACUUAGAAAUCGAUCCCUUGAAUGAGAGUGCACAUCUCGGUGCCGAAAGUUGGCUCGCGACUGACCGCGAGGCUUUGUCAUGGACUCUAAUUAUGUUCACCGGACCCCGUACUUGGGUGAUCUAGUAGAUCCUCAAUUUUCUGCCAAAUGGCGCCCAGAGCUACUGAAUAGAACUCAUACCUCAGCGCCUUAUACUCACGACCUUAUGGGCAAGUCCCCACAAAGUGCCAGAGCCAGUGGUGCUACGGUAUCAGGUCGUGUUUUGAGCGUGACAUCGGGGUUUUCACAUGUUUUGAAUCGUGAUCACAACUCGAAGAGGCUGUUUGCACGCCAAAGAAAGGGUCUGUCUUCCCUGUUCUCGGCAGUAGAGAACAUAGGUAAAUCUCGAUGGGAGAGCAUUUGGGUUGCUUGGCCCGGGGAAAUAGAGGAGGAGGGCGUCAAUAUAAAGCUGACUGAAGACGAAAAAGCUAGUGUAACCCAGUUGUUAUCAAAGAAUAGCUCCUCUACAAUUGUUCCAGUGUGGCUUGAUCCACCCACACAGUGGCGCUAUUAUCCGGAGUACGUCCUUUGGCCUACCUUCCAUUAUGUGCAAAACGUUGGCGACACAAUCGUCGAUCAAGAAAGCCAUAAGUGGGAUACGUAUAGAAAGUUCAAUGAGGCUUAUGCUUCGGCUAUUUUGGCAAUUUAUAGACCCGGGGAUAUUAUUUGGAUCCAUGACUAUUACCUGCUGUUGCUGCCUGAAAUCCUGAGACGAAAGCUUAACGAUGCCCAUAUACUUCUCUUUGUUCAUACACCCUUUUCUUCGUCGGAAUAUCUUAGAUGCAUUCCACAAAGAAACGAUCUUUUGAUUGGAAUGCUGGGUGCAACAAUUGUAGGGUUCCAGAGCAAAACUUAUGUCCGUCACUUUGAGUCUGCGUGCACUCGACUGUUGGGCGUAGAAAAAAUAGAUGGGCACCUCCAAAUACAUGGUAGGGUUGUUGGUUGCGAAUGUUUGCCGACAGGAAUUGACACCGAGUUUGUUAUUAAAGAGACUGCGAGUGCUGAAACUCAGUCCAUCAUCAACGGCUUCAAAAAGAUUUAUGAGGGCAAGAAGAUCAUUAUCGGCCGUGAUAAAAUUGACAGUGCUCAAAGCACAAUUCAAAAGUUACAAGCUUUUGAACUGUUCUUGCAGAACUAUCCUUACUGGCGCAAUAAGGUUGUAUUGAUCCAGAUUACCACUCAUGGUUUCGAGUCCUCAACCAGAAUGGAGAAGAAAGUCAGUAAGCUGAUUUCUAAAAUCAAUGGUACUUACGGAAACCUCCAGUUUGCCCCAGUGUUACAUUUUACUGACCACCUUCCUCAAAGGAAGUAUUUCGCUUUACUGGCCUGUGCAGACCUUGGUGUGUUUACUGGAAUUCGCGAUGCUGCUAGUCACGCAGCCUUCGAGUAUGUGGUAUGUCAAAAAGACACACAGAAUCCUAUCAUGCUUUCAGAGUUUACAGGAGUUGCCGAGGUAUUUGAAGACGCUAUCAUUGUCAAUCCAUAUGAUGGGCUGGUAAUGGCAGAUGCUAUAAAUUAUGCACUAACGAAAGCAGAAAAGUGCGAGCUGUAUAGCUUGGCUUCUGAGCUCAAGACUCAAAACUGGCUCGAAAGUGGAAUGGGCCGCUUACUUCGUCAUGAAUUCAAACACGAAGUGACAACAUCCACACCUGAGCUUGAUAAAGAAAAGCUACGCAAGGCCUACCAUGCAGCAGAGAAAAGACUAUUCCUUUUCGACUAUGAUGGUACCCUAACGCCAAUUGUAAAAGACCCCGCAGCAGCCGUACCAUCUAAGAGGCUGAAAUCCAUUCUUUCAAAAUUAGGGAGUGAUCCGAAAAACGAGAUAUGGGUUAUAUCAGGGAGGGACCAGCAUUUCUUGGAUCGUUGGCUUGGGGAGUUCAAUAUGUCAAUGAGUGCUGAGCAUGGUUGCUUCGUUAAACAUGCGGGCGAAACUAAGUGGACCGACUUGGUAGCUCAAAUGGAUAACAGCUGGCAACCCAUUGUUUUUGAUAUACUGCAAAAUUAUACAGAUCGCACCCAAGGCUCGAGCAUUGAGAAAAAAAAAGCAGCAUUAACAUGGCAUUACCGACGGUCAGACCCUGUCUUUGGUGCGUUCCAGGCAAGUAACCUGAGGGGGUAUCUUCAAACUGCCGUCGCCACUUGCUAUCCUGUCGACAUCAUGGCAGGGAAGGCGAAUGUUGAGAUAAGACCCCGUAUGUUUAACAAAGGUGAGAUUGUCCGGUCAAUCUUUCGCGAUGAAUCUAGUUCGCCUAGCUUUGUCUUUUGUACAGGGGACGAUACAACUGAUGAAGAUAUGUUCCGUGCAGUGAAUGAUGAAAACAAACCUGAGUCGUUUUUCACGGUGGUCGUCGGACCGUCAUCCAAACUCACAUUGGCUCGCUGGCAUAUUCAAAACCCAGAUUUGGUGCAUGAUUGCCUAGCAGCGUUGAUCAACUGA